UAGCUUUCCACACAACAAAACUCAAUUCUAUUAAGCACUAAACAUUCACACAAAAUGAAACUUUUCUAUUUUCUCAUUGUUUUCUUGGCUUUUGCUUCCUCUAUUGCUUUUGCCUAUGACCCUAGCCCCCUCCAAGACUUCUGUGUAGCAAUCAAUGAUACCAAAACUGGUGUUUUCGUGAAUGGAAAAUUUUGCAAAGAUCCUAAGCUUGCAAAUGCUGAUGAUUUCUUCCUUCAAGGGUUAGGACCUGGAAACACUUCUAAUCCACUCGGUUCAAAAGUCACUGCCGCUUCUGUUAACGAAAUAUUAGGACUUAACACACUUGGUAUAUCUUUGGCUCGCAUUGAUUUUGCACCUAAAGGUCUAAAUCCUCCUCACACACACCCUCGAGGAACCGAGAUUCUUGUGGUUGUGGAAGGUACACUAUAUGUAGGUUUCGUAACCUCCAAUCAAAACAAUAACACUCUCAUCACGAAAGUAUUGAACAAAGGCGAUGUAUUUGUGUUCCCUAUCGGUCUCAUUCAUUUUCAGUUGAAUGUGGGCUAUAGCGACGCGGUUGCUAUUGCUGGACUUAGUAGCCAAAACCCUGGAGUGAUUACGAUUGCAAAUGCGGUGUUUGGGUCUAAACCACCAAUUUCCUUGGAAGUUCUCACCAAAGCAUUUCAAGUGGAGGAGAAUGUGAUUGAUUAUCUUCAAAAGCAAUUCUGGUACAACAAUAACUAAAUAAUAUAGUGGGAACUUAUAUGUAUGAUUUUCUUAAGUUUACCUCAUGUUGAGUCUUUAAAAUAUUUACUAAUAUAGGAAAUAAUGUGCACGAGGAUGUGCAAUAUGGUUGUUGUGUUUUGUGUGUACUUUAACUUGUUUGAUAUAUCAUACAAGUAUAAUAAAUGAAUGUAUUGUUCUUACU